UGAGGAUGUGAAGGAUGCAUGUGGGUCGAGGAGGAGGGCGGUGGGCGCUGCUGCCCAACUACAGUCAGACAUGGUCCGUAGCCAUUUUGGCUCAAGCGUCGGCAGAGGAAGUGCGCCUUUUGCCUCCACCCCCCGCGCGCCCGCAUGGAGCGCGGCCCGGCCGCUCCGCCUGCGGAGUGCGCCGCCCCAGCCAGCCUGGAGGGCGCGGGGGCCGCGCCGCUGGAGCGGCAAGGCGAGGCACUGGUCGGCCUGGACGAGGUGCGGCGGGCGCUGCGCGAGGAGUUGCUGGCCGCGCUCGGCCAGAUCCGCCUGCUCGUGCGCGAGCAGGCGAGACGCGGACGGGGAGGCGCCGGCGGUGAUCCCGCGGCCGUCCCCGAGGGGGCCGCCGCGGGCGCGGGCGCGCCGGGCGCUGCCGGGGCGGCCGCCGGAGCGGAGCCGCCAGCGCUGCAGGCCGCGCUGCGGGAGGUGAUCGCCGCCGGGCUCGUGGGCGUCCGGCAGGCCGUCGCGGAGGAGCUGGGCGCCGAGGACUGCGCGGACGCGGAGCCGCGCUGCCCCCAGGGCCACCCGCUGCGGGCGGCCCGGGCGCCCAACGACACCUACGUCUGCGACAGGUGCAAGGCUGCGGUGCCGAAGGGCACGGUGCUGUGGGGCUGCCGCCGCUGCAACUACGACGAGUGCCAGGCAUGUUGCGGGCGGGAGUCGGACUUCCCGCCUGCGGACAAGCGGAAGCUCAUCAUCUGCGUCCGCGGCGACAUCGGGAUGAGCAUCGGCAAGACGGCCGCGCAGGUGGGCCAUGCGGUGCACAGCGCCGUGCGCCACUCGGCUUGGAGGGACCUGCAGGCCUGGGAGGCCUGCGGCUCCAAGAAGGUGACGCUCAGAGUCGACUCGCAGGAGCAGCUCUUGGAGAUCAGGCGCGCGGCCCGCGGCGCGGGCCUGAUCGCCGAGAGCAUCCGCGACGCCGGGCACACCGAGCUGGAGCCGGGCACCAUGACAGUGCUGGCGGUCGGCCCGGCGCAAGACGCGCAGAUCGACGCGCUGACGGGGCACCUGCGGCCGCUGCCCGACGCGCUGCGGCGCGAGAACGAGAAGGUGAGGGCUCAGGCCACGAAGUUGCAGACGGAGCUAGAUUCCGUCAGGAAGGAAAAGAAGAUCAUGCGACAGGACAAGCUGCGGUUAUUAGCGCUAUUGAGCGUCAAGGACCGCUACGUCUGA